CGGACGGACAGAAAGACGCACGGCUGGUUGCGCGCCUCCUUGGCCGUCGGAAGCAGCUCUCCCGGCGCGGGAGCCUGCCUUAGGAUCGCGGGCAGCGGACCCCCUCCCCCUCCCGCAGGCGGGCACCAUGGACCCUUCCUCCUCCUCCUCCUCCUCCGCGUCCCCCCCUUCCGAGGGGCUGCUGCCCUGGUGGGGCGUCGCGGGGGCGCUGGUGCUGCUGGCGGCGGCGCUCAGCCCCCGGCUCCGGUUCCGCCUCCGGAUCGGCUCCUAUUGCCUCCUCUGCCUGCUCGCCUCCGCCCUCACCGCCCCGGCCUGCCUCCUCUGGAACCGCGGGCGCACCGUCCGCAACAUGACGAUCAUCAAAAACGUCGUCCGGACCUUCAAGUACAUCUACGGCCUGAGGUUUGAGCUGAAGGGCCUGGAGCACUUCGAGAUCGAGGGUCCGUGCGUCAUCAUCUCCAAUCACCAGAGCAUCCUGGACAUGAUCGGACUCAUGGAGAUCCUUCCCGAGCGCUGCGUCCAGAUCGCGAAGCGGGAGCUGAUGUACAUGGGCUCGGUGGGCCUCAUUAUGUACCUGGGCGGGGUCAUCUUCAUCAACCGGAAAAGUACCAGCAACGCGAAGUCGGUGAUGGGAGACGUCGGUCAAGCCAUGAUGUCCGAGAACGUCAAGGUGUGGAUCUACCCGGAAGGGACACGGAAUGGGAGCGGGGACCUUUUGCCGUUCAAGAAGGGCGCCUUCCAUCUAGCCAUCCAGACACAGGUUCCAGUUGUCCCCGUGGUGUAUUCUUCCUUCACUUCAUUUUACAAUCCCAAAAAGCAUCUGUUUACAUCAGGCAAAAUCCGCGUGGAGGUCCUCCCGCCCGUCCCCACAGAGGGCCUGACCGCUUCCGACGUGGACGAACUCACCGACCGGUGCUACACCGCCAUGAGGGAAACCUUGUUCCGGAUCUCGGAGCGGCCCGCCGAAGUCAACGGAGGGGGCCCCAGCGUUUCGCACUAAAGACCUUUUGGGCAGAAACGUGGCACUCCGCCCUCGCUCACCCACCCACCGGGAGGACCUCUCACGGUUGCCAAAAACGGCGCCCUCGUCGCUCCCUUGCUGUGGGUCAGGGGUGGGGGGUUUGCAUUGUUCCUAAAAGACUUGGGGGCCCUUUGGCGUAUCUACACCCAGGAACCACAAGCCCCUCUGGGGUUGGAACAGAGCCUCCGUCGAGGCCCCUCUCUCGGGAAUCAUAAACCCAGCAGAACGCUCCGUUCUUGCUGAUUUGACGGGACGUCCGUCCCCAAUCCCUGGUCCCUCCUUCUCCUCUGCAGGUGUCUUCUCACAGGUACAACUCAGGGGCACAUGGGUCUUUUUGUUCCCCCGGGGCCGUGCAACCCCCGGGCUGCUCCCUCAUCCCUUCCAAGACAGAGAUGGUUAUCCCUCGUCCUCGUUUCCGAACUGCACAGAAAACUGAAGCAGCGUCGGAAUGAACGUGGGGCGUCGUGGCCACCAGAGGUUCCCUUAGAAAAAUGGUGGCCGUUGAAUGGAAGUUCGGUUCCCGAGCGUUUCGAGCAAUUUCUUGCUGCGGUGGAGGGGGGGAGGCAUCUAUUUCAAAACGGGAUUCUGCGUUGAACCAGGAAUGAUCCUUUUCUUGGGUAAAAAGGAGAUUCUGGUUUUCUUGUGGACGUACUUUUAUAACCACUGGGCACACGGACACACACACGGGACCAUGCAGCCACGCGGCACGCUCUGUGACCGUUCGUAACGGAAUCUGCAAUUCGGAACGUGCCGGGGGGGGUGGAAAUAUUAAGGCCUCCCCAGGCUUCGGUGGGAGGGAAGGCGACUUCUCUGGGGACCUCAGAAGGGCCCCUUCACCGUCCUCUCGGGAGUCAAAACGGCUGGAAGGCCGACCCCGUCUGGCAAACGAGGGGAUGAAACUCGGAAGGCCCCGAAAGCUUUCCCGAGCCGCUUCAGACCGCCCGCGUUUUCCAUACGGUCACCCCGCAAAGCUGCAGUUAAGAGGGCUGAUAUUUGGGAAAUGGGAGUUUGCAGUUUGCUUUAGAUUUAGGAAAUCUCUGCACCGGUUAAUUGUUUCUACUUAUUCGUUAUGAAGAUGCCAAAGGGCUCACAGUGGGAAUCACUACACCCCCGAUAGAGGAAGGGGGGCAGAUAGGAUGAUAGCAGUCCACAGGCUCAAGUUUUAGAGAGCUCCGUCCCUAAAGGUGUUAGGGCUAGCCUUUGACCACCACCCCCCGCACAAAGCCCUUGGCCGCUGGUUGGGUGCCGCGGACUUAAGGACCAUUCUUCUGGCUGUUUCGCCAGCAUUGAUAGCUUGGGUUCAAUUUUGCAAAUUUUUUGAUCUUCUGCGGCGUCAGGGGCCACGCUUCCUAUCGGCCAGACCCAUGGCCUCUGCAGAACGCUCCGGGACGAAAGCCGCUGCUGAAAGGCACGCUAGCGAGCUGGGUUUAUGCAGUCACUCCCGUUGGUUUCCUUUGGGGCUGUGCGGGGAAAAACCCACCCUCGGAUUGAGGCCCUGAAGCUUAGGGCAUGCAAUCUAAAAUAUACCCGAUUCCAGAGCACCAAGAGGAAAGAGGCGCUGCUCCUCUGUGGGCGUUCCAGCCUGAUCUGGGUUGUAGUUUUCUUAUUAUUAUUACUACUGCUAUUAUUAUUAUUCUGUGUUGGGGAUUCCCCUUCUCCUUUGGUCUCGUUUGUCUGGUGAAGGGCGCUGGGUGUCUAUGUACAUAAAAGAUGCUACUUCAA